UUGUAGGCCGUGCUCUACCGGAAAGGAGAGAGCUACGGUAUGUUUUGAAGGAUGGACUGAAACCCACUCCUCACUCCUGAAGUGACAUGCUCAUCCACAGAGUAAACAUUGCGUCGUGACCAGUAUACUCUAACCCUGCAAAGACAUGGAAACAGACAGCCCAGAAGAGCUCCUCUCUGAGGUGAGAGAGAGACGUCUGGGAGUUUGGGGGGUCUUGCAGAUCGCUGCUGGAACAGGUGCAGCAGUGUAUGCCAUGUGGGCUGGAAUUCUUAUGCCAGGAUUUCGCAAAGUUCCUCUGAGACUGCAGGUGCCUUACUUGCCAGCUAGCAGGGCUCAGGUGCGAAAUGUCAUGACCUUGCUACAUGGAAGGUCAGGAAAUGUGGCCGAUCUUGGCUCUGGAGACGGAAGGAUUGUGCUUGAAGCGUUCAAAAGAGGCUUCACUCCUGCGGUGGGGUACGAGCUGAACCCUUGGCUUGUGCGGCUCGCCAACUUCCAUGCCUGGAGAGAGGGGCACUAUGGGAAGGUGUCCUACCUGCGGGAGGACCUAUGGAAGGUCGAUCUCACCAGGUGUAAGAAUGUGACUGUGUUUCUGGCUCCAAGUGUGCUCCCUCUUCUGAAGGACAAAUUGCUGACUGAACUUCCUGAUGACGCCUUGGUCGUCGCCGGCCGUUUCCCUUUCCCUGAUUGGACGCCGUCACAAGUGGAGGGAGAGGGUUAUGACCGAGCCUGGGCCUAUAACAUGCAGACUUUGAGACAACGCCACCACCCCAAAGAAGAAGUUGAAAAGGAGCCUUGAGUGUCAUCAUGAACUGGAAGAUUAUGCAGUGCCAUUUCCUCUCUGUCUUCUGUGGCCUGUAGAUAGCAGCAUGUAUUGUUCCACUUUUUUAAGAGAUCAACGCUACAUUUUAUCCCCUGUCAUAGCAACCACAACAGUAAUAGCAUGAGACAACACAUUUCGCAGUCUGAAAUGUACUCAUGUUCCUCAGAGUGAACAAUUACAUAAGGGAAGAGACAUCAGCGCUUAGAUGAAGAACAAACUGUCUUCUACAAAUCUACAGUAUAUGACUUCCUAACUGUGUGUGUGUGUGUGUGAGAGAGAGAGAGAGAGAGAGAGAGAGAGAGAGAGAGAGAGAGAGAGAGAGAGAAAGAGAAAGAGAGAGAGAGAGACUCACUACAUUUAACAUUUAGUUGUGGAAUUCUUAUACCGUUCAUGCCCUCAGCCUUUUUUACCCCUUCUUUUUGUUCUCAUGCACUUAUACUUUAAUUUAAUGUGCAUAUUUAUUAACUCAUCAGGCUUUUAAAAUGUUUUUAAAAACUUUUACUGUCUAUGCUGCUGCUUUUUGACAUUGAAGAUAAAGAGUCUCAUUGUGAGAUACGUACAUGCAGCGUUCUGCCUUUGUCACAAGCAUUGCCUGCAACUUCAGGUUAGCCACUUCCUCUGACGAACAAAAAAAAAUGGGGCACAAGAAAGGUUGCUCCUGUGUGUUACUGCAACUUCCUAGCCCUUCACAUGUCUCCCACGCCAAAAUCUGAAGUGACAAAAUAAAAUGUGAAUGGUGAAAAUGAA